AUGACGACAACAGUCGCUGCUACAGCAUCUAGGCCAUUGAGCCUACGACUGUGGGAGAUUACAUACUCUUAUUUCCCUCUAUCUUUUACCACUUUCGGUGGUCCUCAGGCCCACAUCGCUAUCAUAUAUGGGCUCUUUGUCAAGAACCAAGGAUGGUUGAGUGAAGAGAUGUUUGCUGAGCUGUUUUCUAUUGCUCAGGCUUUACCUGGACCUGCGUCAACCCAAUUGACGUUUGCUAUUGCUCUGAUUCGGGAAGGUGUGAUUCCUGGUAUAUGGUCGUUUUUCGUGUGGAGCACACCCGGUGCCUUAAUCAUGCUCGCAGUAGCUCUCGCAGUUGGAUUCGGUGGUUCGGCAGCAUCAGUACCCGGUGCUGUCGUUGGGUUGGAAAACGGGCUGGUAUCAUCAGCUAUUGGCUUAACAGCACUCGCAGCGUUCCAAUUGGGAAAGAAAUUCUCGAUUGAUACUGUAUCUCGUGCUUUAAUUCUCAUCUCUGGUGGUCUUGCAAUCGCAUUCUAUGCGCAACCGUGGUUGUUCCCAUGCCUUAUGAUAUUUGGAGGACUCGUUACGUAUACCAUGAGUGUUAUUGAGCCGAGAUGGACUGCGUAUAGGACUGCACAGAAGGAGGCCGGGAGUGCUAAGAAGGUUUCUGAUAUGCAUAAAAAGAAUGAUGAUGUGGCUGCAGCUACACCGCUUUCAGUAGCACCAACAACACCGGCUUCUGCACCGGUGUCGCCGGCUACUGAAGAAGCUGAUGUAACGGAGGUUACUAAGCCUGGUGAAAAUGGAAGCGUUGUGCCAGCGGCUGCUGCUGUGGUAGAUAGCAAGCCAGCUGAUAUAGAAGCUGCUGUCGUGAAGAAGGAGGAACCGGCUAUAUACUUUACGUAUAGUUGGACUGUUGGAUUGGCUCUUCUUGGUGUAUGGGUCGUGUUCCUGGUACUAGCCAUCAUAUUUCGAUUUGUGGUUGAUGUGAGAGCUUUGAAUGUGUUGGGGACGUUCUACUUUACGGGCUCUAUUAUCUUUGGUGGAGGACCUGUCGUGGUUCCUCUAUUGCAAACGUAUGUGACGAGCCCUGGAUGGUUGAGUGAUCGGGAAUAUUUGGUGGGGUUGGCCGUUAUAAAUGCUCUUCCAGGACCAUUAUUCAACUUUGCCGCAUACUGUGGAGCCCUCGCGCUACGCCAAAACGUCGGAACAGCAAUCUGUGGUGCCGUUCUUGGCUUCAUCGGAAUCUUCACACCAGGCUUAAUUCUAAUGGCAGCACUCCUCCCCAUAUGGCGACGCUUCCGCAACCUAAAGACCCUCCAAAUAAUAUUCAAGGGCAUGAAUGCAGCAGCAGCUGGACUAGUAUUCGCUGCAGUCUACCUGUUAUGGAAUAAAGCCAUAUCGGGCAGAGCAGCUGGAACUGUCGUUGGAUCAUACCCAUUGUUUACCAUUUUGGCUGCAUUCUCGUUUGUUGCUGCUGGAUACACAAAGAUACCUGCACCAGUUGUUAUUAUUAUUGGUGGUGUGGUUGGGAUUUUAGAGUUUGCUGCAAACCCGGGUUUAUACGCUUGA